GCCUUCGUGUUAGGUCCAGUUGGGAAGCUGCCAGUUUACAUAAACCCUAAUUCAAAAACCCUAAGCCAAGCCUCAUAUUCACAACAGAAGCUUCAUAUUCACAACUGAAGCUCAAAAACUUACGACAGCAACAAAAUGAGGCCUCCCAGGGGACGCGGUGGUGGAGGCUUUAGGGGUGGCCGAGACGGCGGCGGACGUGGCUUUCGAGGAGGAGGUGGAGGCCGUUUCGGAGGGGGCGGCGGCCGUUUUGGUCCUCGCGACGAAGGCCCUCCUUCUGAAGUCAUUGAGGUUUCGACAUUUGUUAAUGCUUGUGAGGGCGAUGCGGUGACGAAGCUUUCUCAGGAGAAAAUACCCUACUUCAAUGCCCCAAUCUACCUUGAGAACAAGACGCAGAUUGGCAAAGUCGAUGAAAUCUUCGGUCCCAUCAAUGAGUCUUUCUUUUCGAUUAAGAUGAUGGAGGGCAUUGUUGCGACGUCAUAUUCUUCCGGAGAUAAAUUCUACAUUGAUCCAGCUAAGCUUUUGCCACUCGCCAGAUUUCUCCCCCAGCCUAAGGGACAAGGGCAAUCUGCUAGAGGUGGACGUGGUGGAGGAAGAGGUGGUGGAAGAGGAGGAAGAGGUGGUGGAGGAGGAUUCCGUGGAAGGGGUGCUCCUCGAGGUGGUAGAGGUGGUGGAUUUAGGGGUGGUAGUCGCGGCGGCGGUAGUUUCAGGGGCAGAGGAAGAUAUUAGAUGUCAUGGCUCUUCAUGCUUCCCCUAUCAGUUAACAAGCAUGUCAUGGCUUAUUGUUUGGUUAUGGGGUGUAAUCUUUGUGGAAAGGAAUAGGGUGGUUUCAUUAAUAUCCUGGUUUUGUACUCUAAGCGAAUCUCUGCUUUAUAUUAUAACUUGUGCUUUGAUUCCCUCUUCCAAUUCUGUUUUCUCAUAUUACAAGUGCACUUCUAUGCAAAAGCUUUGGCUUAUGAGAAGCUUGAUAUCCUAAGUUAAUCUGAAUGUAUUUGAUCCUUA